CAUUACAAUUACCAUCAUUAAAAUUAGAAUCACAAUAUGAAGAUAUUUCGGAUGAUGAAGACAUGGGAUUGAUACCGGUUCAUGUACAAGAUGAACCGCUCUUUCAUUCUCCAGUACCAGUCGAAGUCCGUGAUGAGUUAGUAGUCCAUGUACAAGAUGGACUAACCGAACCGUCGCCAUUACAAUACGAACCUAUUUCUGAUGAUGAAGAAGACCAAAAUAUCGUUUCACAACAUAACCCUUCGUCAAUGCAUAAUCGUCUAGUAACACCUCAACGAACUGUUCGAAUGGAAAAACGUCGUUCUCCAGACAGUCACAAACAAUAUAAUCAACUACAAAACCGUCGACGUCGAGCCCGCAGAUAUAAACAUGAAGUAAUUCGUUCAAUUAUCAUAAAUUUAGUGUCACAAAAGUUAAGCGUAUACUUCGGUCUAUGA